AUGUAUAUGCCCGCCGCGAGUGGGUUCAGUUCGACGACGGCGGCAGCGACAACGACUACGCCUUUGAUCUCCUAUGGCAUCACGCCGCAGACGACUGAUCAUUCCUCCCUCGCGGCUGCAAUCUCGGGGGGAAUUGUAGGUGGCUGUGCUGUGCUUGCAGCUCUGGUGUUUGGGAUUUUCUACUGGAGACGAUGGAGGUGUCCAUCCGUGGCUCCUUCGCCACAAGACACGACCGCAUACAAGGAGAGGGAGACGAAUGGCGGCGGUGGUGGUGCUGCUGCUCCGAGUGAGUACCCGCUUCCUCCCGAAAUCAAGGCCAAUGCUAAUAACGAUGAACAGAAUUCUACCCGUCGACUUCGUCGUGCUCCACUGCGCUCCCAAGUCUUCACGUGAGCGGAAACGGGGAGCAAGUCUACCACGAGCUGCCGGGGAGCGCUACAGAAGCGGAAUUGGAUGGCUCACCGAGAUUCGUACCUGUUCUUUCAGAUCAUAAUGGCAAGAGUGAUGCGGUAUAG